AUGCCAACUGGACAAGAUGCAGACAAGAUCAAGAGAAUGUUCUUCCAAAUUGCAGGUUUCCCCAAUGUUCUGGGCUGCUUAGAUGGAACCUUCAUCCGCAUUAUAGCACCCUCAAGGAAUGAAGUCGAUUAUUUGAAUCGUAAAGGAUUUCACUCGCUCAAUGUUCAGAUGAUAUGUGAUGCCAACUACAAGUUCCUCAAUUGUGUUGUGAAGUGGCCAGGGAGUGUCCAUGACAGCCGCAUCAUCCGGGACAGUAAAAUCAGCGUUGCUUUUGAAAAUGGAACAUACAAGGGCUUUCUUCUUGGAGACUCGGGAUAUCCAUGCAAGUCAUACUUAAUGACACCUUUCCUCACAACCUCAUGCCGGGCUGAAGAAAGAUAUAACAGAAGUCACUGCAGAACUAGAGUUUUAGUCGAACAGAGUUUUGGAAUUUUAAAACGAAGAUUUUCUUGCUUACCCAGUGGAUUAAGAACAACACCUCAAAAUGCUUGUAAAAUUAUAACUGCCUGCGUGAUUCUACAUAAUAUUGGUAUUGAUAGAAAAGAUAUAAUAAAUGUUGAUCAUGAUGAUAUUGACACGAAUAAUAAUGUCAUUGUCCAUGUUGCUGAUGAAUGGACAGGUAGCAAUGUUCGUAAAAACCUGUGCCAGCAGUUUUUCAGCUAAAUGUUUGUAAUAUGGAAUACUUUAAGUGGGAAGGUGGCAAGGGAUUGGCUUGUUCAAUUUUCUCUAGAUUAUCAAUGUAAAUUGCAACUGACAUUUACUGACCUAUGCAUAAAUGCAUUGAUGCUAUCUGUAUUUGAUGUAGCUCCCAACUGUUUUGAUACAUAGAUGAUUGUAUUUGUGGUCAAAAGAAUUUUGCUAUUAACAAUUUGUUUGAUAAUGCUGGUUAAUAUCUGGUAUCUUCCUGCUUCUUCUAAUACUUGUGUACAGGUAAACAGGAGCUAUUAGACAGCCCAGAUAUAGUCAGGGAUGAGUGACUUUGCUAGUUAGACAAAGUAGGUAUGUGGAUCCGUCAAUGUUACUGUCCAUAGGAAUGCAUGAAAAUAAUAAUAAUAAUAAUAAUAAUGAUAUAGUUUAUUAAUGUGUCAUGUGUACAUAAUACACCUGGCCAUUACUGGCCUAAAAGACACUCCUAAAAUUAUACAAUCAAUGAAAUACAUAAAUAAAACAUUAUAACUAAUAAUAUCUUUAUAUGUAUACAGCAACCCCACCACCUAC